UACAUGAAAAUUAGUUCCCGGUGAGCAAGAUUCUACUACUGUGCUGUGAAAUUACACAGAGAGUUCAUUUACACAGAAGUGGAGUGAGUGAACGACAGGUUAUUUAAAUAGGGGUGUCUAGAAAUUGCUUCAGAAUCGGCCAAAAAAAUAGCUCUUGCAUUGGCUGUUAAUGAUUAAGACAAAGGGGGAUUCAUUGGCUACAGGGGCAUAAAUAUCAGAGAAGUCUUGGGCCUUCGUACAUUGCUUUGAGCUUCACAGCUACUCCUACCAGCUUCCUGAGGCAGAGGGAAAAACUAACAAUAAGCAUGGCUUUCAAUGGAACAUGGCAAGUCUACUCACAGGAGAACUAUGAAGAGUUUCUGCGAUCAAUACCUCUGCCAGAAGACGUUAUAAAGAUGGCGAAGGAUGUGAAGCCUAUUACAGAAAUCAAGCAAGACGGAAACAACUUUGUCAUCACUUCCAAAACACCCCGACAAUCCGUAACCAAUUCCUUCACCAUCGGUAAGGAGGCUGACAUCAACACUAUGGAUGGCAAGAAGCUCAAGUGCACUGUCAGGAUGGAGGAUGGUAAACUCAUCUGCCAGACAGAAAAGUUCUCCCACAUUCAGGAGAUCCAGGGGGAUGAAAUGGUGGAGACAAUAACUGUUGGUGGCGCCACUCUCGUCAGACGAAGCCGAAAAAUAUAACAUCGCCGGCGCAGAAGUACCCUCCCUGCUGGGAUGAUGUAAUAGCUUAACGAAAUAAACUUAUUGAAUGACCCAAACGAAGAUUCGGACAAAUGUUAUUUGUUUCAGUUCUGCUAAGAAACACAUCUUUCAGAAGCUUCGACAAUUAAAUCAAUACUGCACGGUAUUCGUGCUGUGCUGUCUCAGCCAUUUUUAAACUGUAGCCCGACAAGGCGCAAAUUGUUGGCCAUGAGCCAGUGUUUGUUUACGAUUAUGAUACCACAUAAAUCUUAAUUAAACUUUAUUACGCUGUC